CAUUGUGCUAGCGUUGUGGUCGCCUGAUAUACUAUCACCACCAGAAAUAACACAAUCGUUUCAUAUAUAAAAAAAAGUAUAUCAAAAAUAACGCUAUCAGUAACUAUAAUAAUGGAAUAUACAGAUGAAUAAAAUUAUUUGAUGACGUCAUAGAAAUUUAAAGUUCAAAACGGAAUGGAUUCGGUACUUAUCUUUUUUUUACUUUUGAUGAUUACUACGGUCAUAACAUGCUCUUCGAUUAAUGAGACCAUCGGAUGUUCAUGCGAACAAGAGUACAAUGCAAGAAUUUGUACAAUAAAGAUCAACUGUAAUAGAAUGUUUAAAUACGAAGAUUCUACGUUAACUUCUAUUAAACCAAAAGAUUCAGAUUACACAGGAGCUUACGAGUUACAUUUAAGUUUUUAUAAUAUAGACCUCAUUAUUUAUUCGUUUAAAAACUUUUUACCACCAAAUUUCUCCAAAGAUAACAUCAAAGUGAUCAAAAUGAUUCAUUUUGAAUUACUAUCAAUUCCCGAUGAAGUUUAUACCUUUGACGAGUUAACACAAUUUGAAAUUUCUCAAAGCACACUAGAAAGUAUAGACCUUUCUAAAUUUACUAAUCGAAAUUUGCAAACGAUUAAUGUGUCUGACAAUGUCAUCACAUUUUUAGAACAUGAAAACGUAAUUUCCUCUCCAAUUAAUUCAUUAAAAGUUAUAGAUCUGAGUUAUAAUUUUAUAGAUGUACUACCAAAUAAUUAUUUUGUUAAAUUCCCUCAUCUACAACAUUUAAAUUUAUCGAAUAAUUUUAUCAAAAAUUUAGACAUCCUAUCAUUUCAGGGGAUGCUUUCUUUGCAAACUUUAUAUUUAUCGCAUAAUAAAUUAGAAUCUUUACAUGAUAGUCUAUCGAGAUUGGAAAAUGUGAAAGAACUAUUUCUAGAUCAGAAUAAAAUUGCAUGUCUGAAAAAAACUAAUUUCGAUGCCAUGACACAAUUGCAAAAAUUAAAUUUGAGUUCCAAUAACAUUACGGAUAUAGAAAUAGGAACAUUUCAGAAAUUGCGCAUGUUGCAAAUUUUAGAUUUAAGUAACAACAAUAAUCUCCUUCUAAACGAUGAACUAUUUCAAGACAACAUUUAUCUAGAAUCUGUAAUUUUAUCUGAUACCGGAAUUUCAGGUAUAAAAGCAAAUAAUUCCUCUUUGAGUAGUCUUAAAAUUAAUUUAUUAGGGAGGAUUACAACUAGUUUUUUUACAAUAAUAUCUAAGUGCAUUAGAUUGUUUUCAGUUCUAGUUCGUCAAAAUUAAAA